AUGCACACAUCGCAUCGAAUGCUUCGUGAGUUGAGCUCACUGGUGCAUCGUCAACUUCAGCUCACAAAUUCCAGGAACAAAAGCCGGAAUCUCAGUGAGAACAGUGCGCCUAUGGGCUUCAAUAUGUUCACGAAUGGGCCUCCGUUGGGCACUUUAGGUGGCCUUGAAGCGUUGAGACUUGUACCCCCAGAAAUGCCACAAGCGAUUAACACCGCACGACGUAUCAUGAAAAUUGUCCAAUUGAGCAAAAUGAAGGCUGAAAAGUCAAGUUUGUCGGACGACGAUGAUAUUUUACGUCGGUUCUCGGUCAGUUCCAUGAAUUUAACGAAAAGUUCUGUGGCUGUCAGGAAGCGAAAGAACAAUAUUUUCAAUGAGAAACAAGGGAAUGCCAGUGUUUCGCCCGAGGAAAUCUUGAAUGCUCGCAACCUCGAGGGCAAAGUGCAGCCAUACACACUACACCACAACUCACGACACCGACUCGUCUGGGAUAUGAUCGUUAUGGCGAUAAUUGUGCUCGAUCUCGUGUUCACACCUUUAUCAUUGGGCUUCAACUACGACUCGAAAUUUCUCGACUUUUACAAUAUUUUGGAACCCGUGAUUUUCACAAUCGACUUUUUCGUGCGCAUGUUUUCUUCCUACGUCAACGACCACGGCGAUCUCGUAUCCGGUCCACGACGUACAGCUACGAAUUAUCUAAUGAGUGGCUGGGCAAUUCCAGAUUUUCUCAGUUGGUUCCCAUUCGGGCUUCUCACAAAAUUUAGUCACAGUGACGCGCUCGGGUUUACCAAGAUUAUUCGGUUAGCCAAAGUGAGUCAUCUGGCGUAUCGACUCCAUUCGGCCAAAAAAGUCGGUCUUUUGCGGUUCCUAUUGUUAUUGGCUCUAGUUCUCACAAUCGCGCACCUAUUGACUUGCUAUUGGAGCUUCGUAGCUGUCGAGUGGCGAGCACAUCUUGAAGAUGGGGCCUUUGUGCCUAAAACCAUGUUCGAAGAGUACAGUCUCUGCUGGUCGCUUGUGAUCGGAUGUGUCAAUGCCAGUCCUCCUGUCAUGUACUCACCGAUGGAGUUGAUAUCCGUGGCUUGCUUCAUGAUCAUCGGUAACAUACUCCAGGCCAGUGUUUUCGGAGCGGUGGCUGCACUUAUUUCAUCCAUAGAUGAGAAUGAGGCGGCGUAUAGUAAAAAGAUCGUUGCGACAUCGGAGCGGUGUCGCUUCCUAGGUAUCCCUGACGACCUGGCAAGGCGAAUUCGUGGGUAUUACGAGAAUUUGUGGCGAGAGACGAAGAGUGUCAGCGGCGAUGCUGACGCCUUUAUUAACGAACUUUCGCCGGCUCUUAUCUGUGAAGUCAAAUUUCAACUUUAUCGCGAUAUGAUCCGAAGAAUCCCCUUCUUGUCCGCCAAGACAUUAGCUCCUGCUGUGAUCGAGGUGCUGAUUCUUCAUCUACGUACGGUGAUUUACAUGCAAGACGACGUGCUUAUUCGAAAAGGUGAAUUUGGCGACUGGAUGGGGUUUAUCGGGUCCAAGGGAACGGUUGGCGUAUUGGAUCCGAAUUCAGAAAUUUGCAAAAUUCUUUGCAUCCUUCGGAAAGGAGACUACUUUGGGGAGAUGGCGUUGUUGCAGCAUACGAAGCGAUCAGCGACGACAGUGGCACUUACGUGGGUGCAGAUUCACGUGCUCUGUCGUCAAGAUCUAGACUACGUUAAAGAAAUGUAUCCAACGCAAGCGGAGAUCCUCGAAAGCGAGAUUACCCUAUACAAGAAGAUGACGUCGGCGACUGAGCGGUGGUAG